GUCCUUAUCUGAGACUGUUUCAACAGCACAGUCGACAGCGUAGUGGGGUACUCGCGCGCCACUACUUCGCGCUCUAUCGCGACUGACGCAAGCCGCGCCCGCGCAACACGACCGCUACUUUCAAACGAGCCAUUUUCGAUAUUCAACUUUUAAAAAUGUAUUCGAAUGAAGUGAGGUGAAUCGAUUAAAACUGUUCAGUGAUUAUUUAAGUGCAAAUUAAAUACAAGUGUUUUGGAACAAAUUUUUGUGAAGGAUUUAUUUUUGUUAAGGAGCAACCCUUUACAAAUUCAAGAUGGGUUGCAGAUUGACAAUCGUGGACGAUGUCCUCAACAAAUCCUUCUACAAACUCGGACUGGUCGUUGGGAGACAACCUGGCUACUUCAUCAUCAUACCACUUCUCCUCACACUACUCAUGAUCACAGGCUACCAAAGAAUCCAUUAUGAAAUGGACCCAGAGUACCUAUUCUCCCCCGUUAGUGGGCAAGGCAAAUAUGAGAGGCGAAUUGUCGAAGAAAAUUUCAAAGUCAACUAUUCACAUCGGUUUAAUGUUGGAAGAAUAACACGCGCAGGACGCUUUGGAAGAGUAAUAAUCGUGGCGAAAGACAAUAACACGAACAUGUUGCGAACCGAAGUUUGGAAAGAGUUACGACAGCUAGACGAGCUCGUCCAAAAUAUGACGGUGACCAUGCCUAAUGGAGACACCUUCACUUACAAGGAAGAGUGCGCACGAUGGGAAGGACAAUGCUUCACCAACGACAUUCUCAAUUUGGACAAGAUUAUUGGCGAGGUAGAGCGAGGCGAACUAAACUUGACGUUUCCCAUAAUGUUCAAUCCUGUGACAUGGGAGGCCCAUGCAUUCCCAGUGUUCUUCGGAGGCUCCAAAGUAGUGGAUGAUAUCAUAGAAUCAGUGCCGGCAGUACAGCUGGUUUGGUUUGUGAGAACUGAUACUAAAGCACAAUUGGAGGGAAGAGGUGCAGCUUGGGAAGAUGCUUUUCUGGACACAGUCGGUAUAGCGGAAGACACCGGCCGCUUCAAACAUAUCUCCGUCGCUCGUUUUGCCUCUCGUACCCUCGACCACGAACUAGAAAAGAACACGAGAACCGUCAUACCAUUCUUCAGCUCCACUUUUAUUCUAAUGGGAAUAUUCUCUAUAGUCACUUGCAUGAUGGGCGAUUGGGUUCGCUCAAAACCAUGGCUCGGUUUGCUGGGCAACAUAUCAGCCGUGAUGGCAACUGCGGCAGCGUUUGGGUGCGCCAUAUAUUUAGGCAUUUCCUUCAUUGGUAUUAAUCUCGCUGCGCCCUUCUUAAUGAUUGGUAUCGGGAUUGAUGAUACAUUUGUAAUGUUGGCGGCGUGGAGACGAGCAUCUCCGAAACUUCCAGUACCAGAACGGAUGGCUAUAAUGCUGUCAGAGGCAGCUGUGUCUAUCACCAUAACCUCCGUUACGGAUAUGCUCUCGUUUUUCAUUGGCAUUUUCUCUCCAUUCCCGUCGGUGCAAAUAUUCUGCAUGUAUUCAGGUCUCGCCGUUUGCUUCACAUUUGUAUGGCAUCUAACAUUCUUCGCUGGAUGUGUAGCAAUAUCAGGCUACCGUGAAAAGCAAAAUAGACACACGAUAACUUGGAUGAAAGUUCUGCCCGAAUCAAGGGCCAGAAAAGAAGAAAAAUCAUGGUUAUACAGAGCAUUUUGCAGUGGAGGCAUUGACGCCGCUGAUCCUGACAAUCCAAUAGAUAAUAAGGAGCACUGUAUCAUGGCUUUCUUCCGCACAACCAUGGCAGAUUUACUGAACAACGGCUACGUAAAAACCCUAGUUAUCGUGGUGUUCAUCGCAUAUUUGGCGGGAGCAGGGUAUGGAGUAACCAAUCUCAAAGAAGGGCUAGAAAGAAGGAAAUUGUCAAAAGUGGAUUCAUACUCUGUUGAGUUCUUUGAUCGUGAAGAUCUGUAUUACAGAGAAUUCCCUUAUAGAAUUCAGGUGGUUAUUAGUGGCGAAUACAAUUAUUCUGAUCCAAAGAUCCAGGAUCAAGUGGAAGCCUUAACGAAGAGCUUGGAGAAUACAUCAUACAUAUCAAAUUCACUGUAUACGGAGUCUUGGCUUCGAACAUUCGUCGACUAUGUAUCGAGAAACAACGAUUACUUGAACGUGACUAUCGAUAAUGAGGACGAGUUCAUUCAGAAUCUCAAAGAAUUAUGGCUGUUCCCAGCAAACCCAUUCUCUCUGGACGUAAGAUUCAACGAGGCAGGAAACCGUAUUAUUGCUUCAAGGUUCCUAGUUCAAGCAGUAAAUAUCAGUGGCACUAACCACGAAAAGGAAAUGGUGAAAGCAUUAAGAGAAGUCGUUGCACAGUCUCCUUUGAACGCCUCUGUCUUCCAUCCAUAUUUCGUAUUCUUUGAUCAGUUUGAACUCGUGAGACCAACAUCUCUCCAGAACCUAAGCUACGGAGCUCUCAUGAUGAUGAUCACGUCCUUUGUAUUCAUUCCCAAUAUCCUGUGUUCCUUGUGGGUAGCAUUCAGUAUCAUAUCCAUAGAAAUCGGUGUAGUAGGUUACAUGGCCCUUUGGGAUAUAAAUCUUGACUCCAUAUCAAUGAUUAACUUGAUUAUGUGCAUUGGUUUCUCGGUUGAUUUCACUGCUCAUAUCUGCUAUGCGUACAUGGCAUCUAAAGCAAAGUCCCCAGAUGACAAAGUCAGCGAAUGUCUCUAUUCCCUCGGAUUGCCAAUAAUUCAGGGCUCUUUCAGUACAAUUCUCGGUGUAAUAGCAUUGCUCUUAGCUGACAGCUACAUUUUCUCCGUAUUCUUCAAAAUGGUAUUCAUGGUAAUAUUCUUUGGAGCUAUGCAUGGCCUCUUCCUACUUCCAGUUCUCUUAUCAUUAUUCGGUCCUGGCUCUUGUACAAGAAAGACCGAUGACAUCAAAAUGGCAAAACUAGAAAAAUGUUAUCCAAACCCCUACUGUAUACCGCACCCACAGCUUGUCUUAAAUGAUCAAAUAUACAACGGAAAGAAUUUAAAUCCCAAUGGCAUCUAUAAGAUUUAUGGGGAUGACAAGGAUCUAGGAAUAGGCACAUCAGGGGAAGACACUAGCGAAAGCAGUUCCAAUCAGUCACAACGCCGGCAAAUAGGUGAAGAUGAGAACAGCCGUAAGAAAUACGACGAUGGCUGGAAACGAUCUAGUUAUUGCCAGAACUCUUCAAGCCAGUUCCAGCCUUCCGGCGAACUAGAUCUUUAUGGACACGAUAUGGAUCGUAAUUGGCAACGACAGCGUUAUGAAGACAACCGUCGAGUUUUCGACAAUUACAGGAAACCUCCGACAGUGUCUCGGACGCGUGAUGAUGACUGGGUCUCAUCAACGCGGAAAUCCAGUGACGCAGGGCAGCGUCGCGAGGGUGCCUACAGAGUGACGCGAGCUCACUCUCACCACAACAUCCACAGAUCGCGCGCUCCCCGCCGCUCCAACUCUCACCACAACUUAGAACAUUUAGACUACGUUGCAGAAAUGCGUUUUCCCUGACAGUGACCGCUUACCUCUCUAAAUAAUGUUACAUUUACUCGAGUGCUCAAUUUAUGGACCAAAGUAUUAUGCUACUUUCGUACAAACGAUACGAGCGUAGUCUAAUUUCCUAGAAGUGAAGAACAAUAUUUUAUGAACACUUUUUCUUGAAGGUGAAGUGUUGUUCGGGUGUGAUACGAACUUUUCAUCAUUGUUUAAUUUAAGGAUAUAAAUGGAGCUUUGAUUAGGAGCCUUAUGCCAAAAUCCAAUCAUUAUAUGUAUCAUCACUGUCUACCUAAUACUGCGUAACGGUGUUAUGUAUACAAUUAGAUAGAUGAAAUGCUUCGCUUUCAACCGUAUAGAGCAAGAAGUAGGUAGACAGUGUUACACAAUUAUAUCUAUGUAAGGUUUAUAUUCAAACGUAUAAAAGCUCAGUAGUACACCAAAGUACGAUAGGUUCAAUAACAUUAUCUGUAAGUAAGUUAUUGAUUCGGGUGACAAAAAGUAUGUAAUUUUAUUUUAAUCUUAGUGAAUAUAACUGGUAGUUUUAUAAGUAUUUCGAGAUUUUGGUACAAGGCUGAAUAAGGAGAUGUAGUUAUUGAUUAUCGCUAAAUGCCUAGUAUAAUACUGUGAAUUAAAGGCCGCCGAAAAAGUAUGUAUAAAUGUAGGUAACGUAACUGAAUACUUUAUGUGGUGUAUGUGUCAUUGAAUUGUGAAAUAAUAAAGAAAAAAAAACGGUUGCAAUUCAAUUCAAGCAACAUCACUAUCAUUUAUAGUUCUGGAUACUUUCUACCCUCUCUGCAUUAUGUUCAAAGCAUUAGCGAAAUAAGAGAAAUGAGACACAUCAAAACUACAUAAUGCAAAAUUUAAAAGGGAGCAAGUGAAACAUAUAACUUCUUUAUAAAAUAAUUUAUUACAACAUAACUAGUUCCUACAACUUAAGCAACUAACUACUCUAGCAGUUCAGUUAGCACUUGCAACAAUCAAACAUAAUUUGACAACAAUAAGGUCUAUUAUAAUAAAAACGUCUUUUUAGUGUGAUAUAAAACUGGGAUGGGUGAUAUGAUAUAUAAAAGGGUGUGUAAAUAAGUGUGUUAGGCAAAGGCGCAAUUAUCUAACUUUAUGGAAACUGUAGCAUCCGUAUUAACUAUCUAAUAAAAAAAUAAAUAUUCAACUAUCGGUGGUUAUAAUCAAUUCUUAUUACUUAUGUACAGUCUCCGCAGUUAUUUAGAUGCAGGUAAAAAAUUAACAUUGAUUCAGUAUAGAUGCUUUACCAUUACUUAGAUCAACCGAGCAAUGGUUAAAUAGGCUUCAUUAAAAAGCUAACAUUGGCUAUUUCCUCUGUACUGAAUCAAUAUUUAAAAACAGUAACUGUACAAUUUACUUUUCCAUGCAUUUUUUUUAACUUUUAUAAUACCGAUGCCACCAAGCAGUUUCCUAAAACAAAGUUAAUAUUGUGCCAAUAUAUGAAACAUUUAAGUCUUCGUUUACAAAUAAAGCUUUAACCAUUACCUACCUAUGGGUUGCUGUAAAUAUUAGUUGUGAUAAUAUAUCUCGAUGCCAUGUUCCAUCUCUCUCUUACCUUAUUAUAUUUACUGCUAUUCUACAACUAAUAUUUUACUCUAUGUCUUACAAAUACAUACAAUUAAAAUAUGUUGUCUGUCAUGGCAUGUUCUGUCAUUGCAUUUGUGGUGAUAACAGCAAGUGACUUUAGUGUUUGUUCCAUGUGUUAUGUAAGAAUUUAAUGUUUGUGACUGCUAGCGGUCACUCAUCAUGACUGAAUAAUGUAAAUAUUACCUGUUUUACAUUAAAUAAAAAAUUGAUUUAUUUUCUUUGUUUUUUAUUGAAUUAUCUCCGAAUUCAAAUAAAUCUAUCACAAUUAGGUACAAGAAUUAACUAACACUAAUAUUAAGAUAAUUAAAACGAAUCGCAUUCAACGAACAAUAUGCGACUUUCUAAACACAUACAUUACAACAGUACAUACACAUACACACAUCACAAUACGUGUUACUGGUGUAUACUAUAAACAUAUAUUUUGAUGAGAUUUAACGUUACCAAGGACGCUUAAUAAUCGCGGUUCUUUAAAGAAUACAAGAAGCGCUUUAAGAGUCGUCGUCUAUGGCGACCAGAUACGAUCCACAUUAAGUAGUAAGUGCUUAUUGUAUAUUACAAUACAAACAGUCGUGCAAGCCGGAGAGGCCGCCAUCAAGACAAAGCCGUACGUGGCCAAUAGAUAAACAACUCUACAAGAAAAAGCAUCAAAUCUUAGGCGAAGCAGGCUUAUCAUACACAGAUUUCAGUACCUCACUACAGAAAAGUAUCAAAUCUUUGGAGUCAAACCUCUCGCACAUAAAUUCUCGAAUAAAUGACAAUUCUCUACUAGUGCAGUUUUCAUUCGAGGUUUUAUUCCACUGAUUCUCCAGCACUCUGUUCAAAAGUGACUUGGCAUCAUUCGGAGUGAUCUUUUUCACUAACACAUCAGUUAUAGCACUAACUGAUAACUUUUCAGUUAUCCGCUUCUUAGAAUCUUCUUUUAAUUGUUUACCAACUUGUUUCACGAAGUCUGGUC